AAAACAAAUUAGAACUGAAUAAAAGUCUGACCUUGAGUUGUGGAGGAGUGUGGAGGAGGAUUGCUGGAUUGAGGUGACGAAUUGAAUGGUGGCGUGACCAGAUUCUUGGACGGUGAGAGGCAGCUCCGAAGAUGAAGAUUUGAAGAGGAGAAUCAAUUUAUCUGAAGAGGUAUUAAGGCUUUUAUUCUGGACUUUUAUUUGGAUUGAUUCGAUUGUUUCAUUAAUUUUAACUAUUAGUUGACGGAAAGAUCAAAUGGGUAAAAAAAUAAAAAAGAAAUGGGACUAAAUCAGGUCACAAAUAAGAUCAGGGACGGAACCGGGAAACAACCAAAUGAUUUGGGAUUAAACCGGGAAUUUUCCCCUUCGGUUCCGUUUACCUUCCCUCGCCGAAGCAAAUUGUAACCCUUAACUCCAUCAGCAACAAAAAUCGGGAGAGGCAGCGAGCGGCCGGAGAGGCAGUGACAGGCGGCCGCUCGCGAGGCAGUGAAGGGUUGCACGCUAAACAGUCGCUGACUCGCGAGAAUGGUGAGUUUGGGGAACGAAGCGAGUCGGCGGAAUAAGAGAAAAUGAGCUCCGGCAAUAGCUCUGUGAGCUUCCGCAUGUGGAACAUGAACCGACAAGCCUAAGCGGAGCAGAUCGCCACAGGAUGGCCUGCGUGGCUGAGCAAUGUGGCCGGAGAAGCCAUUCAUGGAUGGGUGUCCCUCAAAGCUGACUCUUUUUUGAAAUUAGAGAAGGGUUAUCAUCUUGUCUAGACCUCAAACUCACUAAUCCACAGAUCAAAUGUUAUAUGCACCGGUUACUCUCUGAGCUCGAACAUUGUCAUUCACACAGUAUCAUUCAUGGUGAUAUCGAAUGUGCAAACCUCUUAGUUAACAAUGAAGGGAUUCUGGAGGUCUCUGAUUUCGGUUUAGCUAACACUUGGAAUCCUGAUUUGUGGAGCGUUGGAUGUGUACUUGCAGAACUUUUUCUUGGCAAGCAUCUUUUACAAGGAAGAACUAAGGUUGAGCAACUACAUAAAAUAUUUAAGCUUUGUGGUUCUCCACCUGAUGAAUUUUGGAGGAAUUCUGACCUACCUCAUGCAACAGUUUUCAAGCCUCAACGAUUUUAUGUAAAUUGCAUCAAAGAAACGUUUGAGUGUUUACCAGAUGGUGCAUUAAGGUUGUUGGAAACGUUUUUAUCUCUUGUGCCCAAUAACUGUGGCUCAGCUUCCUCUGCCCUUAGUUCUGAGUAUUUCAGGACUCGGUCGUAUGCAUGUGAACCAUCCAGCUUACCAAAAUAUCAGCCCAACAAAGAAAUUGAUUCAAAGGAUGAUGCUGCUGUAGGUGAAGGUGUCUCAGAGAGCCUGGCUCCAUGUCAAGGACUACAAAUAAUAAUCAUGUUUGUUAAUUUCAAAAUUGAAUUUUAUGUUAGGACAUGUGAGUUUGAGAUUCUCACUGACCUAGAGGGAUCUUUUCAUGUUACUCGUUGUGCUUCUGAAAUAAGUAGGGAUGCAUUGUGUCACUCUUUCUGCUACUCAUUUGUACUCCUUACAUGACUGGUUUUGCUUAAGUUAUAAAAGUUCUGUUUGGUA